AUGAAACCGUUUGAUGUUGACUCGUCGCCCGCGUGGAAAAUUUGCGGUCUAGUUGUGGCCACGGAAUGCUCUGAGAGCGAUAAUAACCUUCCAUCCUCAUUUUCCCCACCUUCUCUUUCUUCUUCAAUCUCUUCCACGAGUACUACAAUCACGGAGGCGAUUGCUCUGAUUGAUCUCAACUCCUCAGAAAAUGAGACUGGAGAUUCUACCUCAGGACUACUCUCAUCGCCCCCCUGGCAUGGUGGCGUUAGGACUCACUUAUCCUUCGUACACUCGGGAGUCGAUACAAAGCGUCAUUGA